AUGGCGACCGAAGUCGAGAGGCCUCGAGCGCGAACGCCGCUGGCGCUGAGGGGCGCGGCGCGCGCAAAGAGCAGCCGGCCAUUCUCGCUACGGACUCAGUUCAAGACCUUCACCAUCAUCUCCACCAUCCUCGUCGGCACCACCGAAACGCCGUUCCUCGUCCAUCGCGACCUCCUGACGCACCACUCACCCUUCUUUGCCGCGGCGCUCACGGGCACCUUCGCCGAAGGGCUCUCGCAGGAGCUGGCGCUGCCGGCCGAGGACGUGCCCACGUUCGAGCUCUUCCUGUCGUGGGCCUACACGGGCCAGCUCGACGACGUCUUCACGCGCGGCGGCAAGGUGGCCUUCUACCUGCUGCUGUCGCUGUACGGGCUCGCGGACCGGCUGUCGGUCGAGUCGCUGCGCAACGCCGUCGUCGACCGCGUGGCGGCGCUGGCCGAGAAGAGCAACAGCGUGCCCACGCCCAGCGACACGGUCACGCUGUACGACGAGAUCCGCGACACGGCGCUGCUGCGCAAGCUCGUCGUCGACCUGUUCGCCUUCAAGAAGACGGACGUCCUGCUGGCCUCGCACCCGGACGAGUGGCACCCGCAGUUCCUGCGCGAGCUCGUCGUCCGCGUCAAGCGGCCCGAGCUGCAGGGCCUCAGCCGCCACGACCUCGUCGCCUGGAAGCCCGCCACCUGGUCCGCCACCCGCGCCUGCUGGACCUGCCGCGACGUCAUGCAGCCCGGCCUGAGCGCCAACCGCUGCGAGGCCUGCGGCUACGCCUUCUGCAACUCGUGCGUCGCCACCGGCAAGGCCUUGUGCGGCGACGAUGCCGCCAAGCUGGCCAGCUGCAAGCCCUGGGUGAAGAGCAUGUGCCAGCACUACCACGAGCACAUGGAGACGCCGCCUUGCGUCGAGUGA